CAAAAGGCCAGUGCUGGUUCUUCAAAAUGAAGCCCUUUAUCCGCAGCGGCGCUCCUACACCAGCGAGGACGAGGCUUGGAAGUCUUUCCUGGAAAACCCUCUCACUGCAGCAACCAAAGCAAUGAUGAGCAUCAACGGAGAUGAAGACAGUGCAGCUGCGCUGGGCCUGCUCUAUGACUACUACAAGGUUCCCAGAGAGCGCCGGUCUUCUGCAGCAAAGCCAGAGGGAGAGCACCCAGAACCAGAGCACAGCAAAAGAAGCAGCAUGCCAAAUGUGACGGAGCAGCCCCUCCUUUCUGCUGGAGAAAACAGGGUGCAAGUGCUGAAAAACGUGCCCUUCAACAUUGUCCUCCCCCAUGGCAACCAGCUGGGCACUGAUAAGAGAGGCCACCUGACAGCUCCUGAUACAACAGUCACUGUCUCCAUAGCAACCAUGCCUACUCACUCCAUCAAGACAGAAAUUCAGCCACACGGCUUUGCUGUGGGAAUCCCCCAAUCGGUGUACCAUCCAGAGCCCACCGAGCGUGUGGUGGUAUUUGACCGCAACCUCAGCACUGACCAGUUCAACUCCAGCACUCAGCCACCUAACGCUCAACGGAGGACUCCAGAUUCCACCUUCUCGGAGACCUUCAAGGAGGGCGUUCAGGAGGUUUUCUUCCCCUCGGACCUCAGUCUUCGGAUGCCGGGCAUGAAUUCAGAGGACUAUGUGUUUGACAGUGUUUCUGGGAACAACUUUGAGUAUACCCUAGAAGCCUCUAAGUCACUUCGGCAGAAGCAAGGGGACAGCACUAUGACAUACCUGAACAAAGGCCAGUUCUAUCCUGUCACCUUAAAGGAAGUAAGCAGCAACGAAGGGAUCCACCACCCAAUCAGCAAAGUUCGAAGCGUGAUCAUGGUGGUUUUUGCUGAGGACAAAAGCAGGGAAGACCAGCUAAGACACUGGAAAUAUUGGCACUCCCGGCAGCACACGGCCAAGCAGAGGUGUAUCGACAUCGCCGACUACAAAGAAAGCUUCAAUACCAUCAGCAACAUUGAAGAGAUUGCUUAUAACGCCAUCUCCUUCACCUGGGACAUCAACGACGAAGCAAAGGUGUUCAUCUCCGUGAACUGCUUGAGCACCGACUUCUCUUCUCAGAAGGGUGUGAAGGGCUUGCCUCUCAACAUCCAGAUCGACACCUACAGCUAUAACAACCGCAGCAACAAGCCAGUACACCGGGCCUACUGCCAGAUAAAGGUUUUCUGUGACAAGGGAGCUGAACGGAAAAUCAGGGACGAAGAACGAAAGCAAAGCAAGAGAAAAGUUUCUGAUGUUAAAGUGCAACUGCUUCCCUCACACAAACGGACGGACAUCACAGUGUUCAAGCCUUUCCUGGAUCUGGAUACCCAGCCUGUCCUCUUCAUCCCUGAUGUGCAUUUUACCAACCUGCAGCGGGGCAGUCAUGUUCUUUCCAUCCCCUCUGAAGAACUGGAAGGUGAAGGGUCUGUCUUGAAAAGGGGGCCAUUCGGAACCGAAGAUGACUUUCUAGUUCCUCCACCUGCUAAGAUGACCCGGACAGAAGAGCCGAAGAGAGUGCUGCUGUAUGUCCGAAAGGAGUCAGAAGAGGUCUUUGAUGCCCUGAUGCUCAAGUCCCCGUCUUUGAAGGGCUUGAUGGAAGCAAUCUCAGACAAGUAUGAUGUCCCCCAUGAGAAGAUUGGGAAAAUAUUUAAGAAGUGCAAAAAAGGGAUCCUGGUGAACAUGGACGACAACAUCGUGAAACACUACUCCAAUGAAGACACCUUCCAGCUGCACAUUGAAGAAGCUGGUGGGUCAUACAAGCUCACCCUGACAGAGAUUUAAAGUGUGGGGUGCUCAGCCCUCAGGCUGGGAGUCCAGUCCGUGCCCACAGCUGGGACUACUGAUGACUCGGUGGCUCGGGUCUGGCUUGGGGAGCAGAGUUGACAGCAGUUACCCUGUGCUAGCCCUUCUUCCAGCCUCCAGUGCUGCUGUUGGCUCCCUCCUCACUCAGCUCUGACUCAGGCUGAGUGAAAACUGUCUAGUAAAUGGGGAUUGCUAAGAGAUACCUGAAAGAAUGGCUCAGGGAAGGGCAGUGUCAAGGGGUCAACAGGCCCGGCUGGGAGGGCAUCACAGAAGAAGGCCAAGUGGAUCCCCACAUGUGGAGAACUAGCUGCACCUUGGGAGUGCUGAGAGGAUGCGCCUUGCUCUUUAUUCCCGUGGCUCCAUGUGCUCCAGGAAAGGAGUCUGUGACUGUCAUCCUGUUAGUGACAUUCUCAUCCCACCUGAGGUCACCACCAGUGCAGCCAGGCUUUGAUCCUUGUCCUCUGCCUCCUGGGGUCAAACCAGAUUGUGCUCAGGUCUACUCUGUCUUGUGUUCGUGACCACUGACCCUGCACUCUGAGCACAUGACUCCUGACCCUGAACUCCUGUAACUGCUACCCAUUUCAAAUCUAUGAACCAAAUACAAAUGUAACAUCCAAAAAAAGGAAAAAAGAAAGAAGGAAGGAAAGGAGAAAGAAAACUCCAUCAGCUACCAGAAUGAACUUCACAGCUCUAUGACAAGGCAGCUGGAGGUCUUCCCUAAGAUAACCACAGAGAAGGUCCUAAGGCAGAAGAGUUUCUGGAGUAGGCUAUCUAAUGGAAUCAAGAUACUGCUGCCUCCACCAUCCCCAUAGUAAUGAACACUGGUAGAAGCAUGAACUGUGAAUAGGGAUGUGGAAAAUCUUAACCACUGGACAUUCCUAGUAAGUGCUUCUAAUCAAAGAGCUGCAACUAACUACAGGACUUUUAGACAACUUGAAAAGCCAAGAAAUAGAAUGGUGUUUGUUUGGUCUUAAGGGAUAAAACGAUGGAAGAGAAAGAUGUGUUCUGGGGUCCAGAGACCUAGUUCAGGUGCCAUGUAGACUCAGAGCUCCUAGGUCUGGGCUGGUAGGAGCUGUGUCUCCUACAGCAGCAGAUUUCCUUGGCUGGACAUCAGAUGGAGCGCCUCAUCCUGUGACUGAGGUACAACCAUGAAGGGUGUCUAUUAAUGUAAAGAUAUUGCCUUGGGGACACGGGAGUCUGUACUUUGGAAUGAGGACAUGUGUGAAGAUUGACUAAGCUGGAGAGAGGUGACUCCCCAUCCCCAGUGACUACGGCCUCCCUACUCACAGUGGUAUCUAUCUGCCUCAAAAAAAAGUAUUCCAUGAUUACAGGCCAUGUCCUGUAUAUGACUGCCAUAGUUCCUCUUUGUUAUAAAUACAGCUGUGCAUAGAUCUAUGCAUGAUGCAAA